AUGAAGGAGCAGCUGCAGAUGUACGAGUCGGCCAUGGAGCUGGGCGUCAUGGCAACCAAGUCACCGGAAUCUAUACACACAUCCAAGUCCUUCGCUGUCAGGAACCUGGCCAAGUCUGACUGGAAGACGCCACAAAGUUCCAGCCCGAAGGCUGAAUUGUGGGUCGUCGUCAGAUCGGCCCCCAAGCUGUCCCCGGAGGACCUGGUGCAGGGCCUGCGGAAGGAGCUGGAGCGUUCCCUGCAGAGUAACCGCACCAAGCGCGCACAGGUCUCCAAGCUGCAGGCAGACCUCAGGGCAGCCAGGACGGAUCUGGAGGCAGGGAAGACUAGGCUGCUGGGCAUGGAGACUACUGCCAAGGAUAAAGAGGUUCGAUUUAAGGUCCUGGAAGCCCAGCUGGAGACUACCAAGGCUUCACCCACCGAAAGAGCCACAUCCAGACGUCUCCAAGAUGAGAUUGACAAACUGCGGACGGAGAAGGAAGAUAUGAGCAAGACGCUGGAAGCACUCAAGGCGGAGGAGGGCCGCUUGAAUGAGGCCAACUCGGACUUGAAGAAACAGAUGGUACAGAUGGUGACAGAGUGGGAUCAGGAUAAGAAGAUUGACUUGGAGAGAGUGCAGAAGACAUGUCUUCAGCUCCACGAGGACUCGUCGCGUCAUCUCAGGGAGGAGCUGGCGACAGAGUUCCAAUCGGAGAGAGACAUGCUGAAGGAGGCUCAUCAACACCAGCUGCAGGAACUCAGAUCGGAGUUGGAGCAAGCUCAGAAGGAGCUAGACGCGGUUAAGGGACUCUACAUUGAUGUGUGUGAAGAGAAGAACAAGAUCGAGGAUACCGUCACCAAGACACUGAGGGCUGAAGCUUCUCAACAACUAGAAGCAGCCAAGGAGGCUUGGCAAGCCCAGCAUGAUGCAGCCGUGAAGGAGCUCAGAGAUUCCUUGGAGAGUAGUCACCGAGCAGAAUUGGUGAUGGCUAAGAGCGGCUGGAGACAAGAGGCGGAGGAGGAGAAUAAGAAGACAGUAGAGGAGCAGUUGGCCCUAGCCAAAGCUGAGUGGACCGAGGCAGCGCGCAAGGAGGCUGGGAAUAGCGCCCUCACUGCUGCCGAUGCCGAGUGGCGAGUCAAAAUGGAGACUGAGCUGGAACAGAGAGUUGAGCAAGCCAAGAAAGAUCUGGAAACCAACCACCAAGAGCAGCUUAGCAAGCAGAAGGAGCGGCUACAGGCCGAGCACGAGGGGAACAAGGCUGGGGCUGUCCUGAUGGCUAUGGCUAAGGCUAAGACUGAGUGGAUGAAGGCUGCCGAGGCUGAGCAUGUGAUGGACAAGGCAGGGGCUAUCCAGACGGCUGUGGCUAAGGCUCAGACUGAGUGGAUUAAGGCUGCCGAGGCUGGCACCAAGGAGAAACUGAAGAAGGCUAUUGAGAUGGCUAGGGAACAGUGGAUGCAAGAAGAUCCUGAAAAGAGACUGGACGAAGCUAUCUCGGCUGCAAGACGACAGUGGACCGACGAGAAAGUGGACUGGGAAAAAGUCAAAGAAGAGUGGAUGAAAGAAAAGGGAGAAGAAGAAAUCACAAAGGGAGUAGCAGAGCGAACAAAGUCACUUGAGUCCAAACACCUGACAGACAUCACCAACCUGCAAGCAAUCCUGGAGCAGGGAAGACAGAAGAUGAAGCAAGAGGCAGAGAGGGACAGAGCAGCUGCCGUGGAGGAAGCCAAGACACGGAUGGAGAAGGAACACCAGCGAGUCAUGGAGGAGAUGCUGAGAGAUGCUCAAACAAAGGCAGAGAAGGACCAAAGUCAACGUUUGGAGCGUGCAUCCAAUGAUUGGCAGUCCAGACUGGAUGAGGAAAUCAACUCACGGCAAGACGCAAUCAACAAGGCAUUGCAGGAGGCACAGGACCAAUGGCAAAAGGAGAAGCAAGACAUGCUGGAUGCUCAGAAGGCUGCCUUGGUUGCCCUGACGGCCGAGACUGAAGCUGAUCAGGAAGAGCUGAGAUCCCAAUAUGAGGCGGAGCUAGAGAGGGGAAUAGAGGAGGCGGUCCGCUCAGCGAGAGAUCAGUGGUCCAAGAAUUGCGAUACUGAACUGAGGAAAGCUUGCGACGAGAUCCUUGAGCGCAAGGAGCAGAUCUGGAAGCAAGAACGCAACGACCUGCAAGAGCAGCUCAGCGACUCCGCCGCCCAGCUCCGCGACCACCAGCGACAGGCCGAACGCCACCGCCGCAAGCACGCCCUCGCCAGGCAGAAACUGGAGAAGGAGAUCGAGUCGCUGCGAGAGCAGCUCCAGGACGCGGACCGGGAGCUGAAACAGACGGAGUACGGCCUACGACGGGAGCUGGAGCAGCUACAGGGGCGGCUGACGGGGGCCAACGCGGCCGCUGUCGAGGCCUUGGAGGCCAAGAUGGCCGGGAUGCAGAGGAGAUAUGAGGAGGAGCUACAAGCAGCCCGACGGCAGAGAGGAGACGGAGAGAAGAUGGCUGAUGCGGAAACACAGACCGUUGGGCAAAAUGAUGACAGCGUGUCAAGUGAAGCCUUGCAAGAAAUUAAAGCUCACUACAUCAGAACGGUCAAGAAAAUCAAAGUUGACGUAAUGAAGCGAAUGAAUGACAUGAGAGAGAACUGUCGACACACCGUGCACAGCGAAGUCAUGAAGGAACGGCACAACACGGCCAAGAAGCUACGCAGAUACUACCUAGAAUGCCUACAGAAGUUCCUUGAAGAGGAUCAGAAUCAGACAGGGAAUGGCAAGACCAAAGCCAAGUCCACGGCCAGCAAGCUUGCCGCCAUGGCAAAGGCCUUGGAGCUUCCCCCGGACCAGCUGGCUACAAAGCUCCCACAACCGGUGGCAUCAGCACAGGGUGACCCAUCCAGGAGCCAAGAGAAAGACCCAGGUCCUAGCCAGAGUGCCAAGAGUGCCACGGGUAAAAACAAAUCAACAGCCGUGGCAGAGACAGUUACUGAGGAUAGACAACAUCACCAGCCCAAGAGUGACGUGUCUCAAGGCCUGCCAGCCAAGGUAAGGCAUCCGCAUGUCUCCUCUAACAAGAUCGCCAGCUACUCUACCUCUGGUCUCAGAAAAUCUGCAAAUGAUCAGGCAAUGCCGUCUUCAACACCCGACAGCUCAUCAGACAGACUCGGAAGCGGGAGAUCAUCUGAUGAAUUCGGUCCCACGUCUUUGGGAAGUUCUUGGGACGAGAUGGAGACUGGAAUCGCACUCAGCAAGCUGCCCAUUCAACCCAGAGAGUUCAAUCCGAAACCGGAGCGACUGGCUUCCAAAAGCCACGGCAGAACAGAAGAUAAUCCUUCCCUCACAACUUCCUCAUUAUCAACAGGGAGUGUGUCUGCUAGAUCUAGGGAUAGCUCACCAGACAAUUCAUCCAGUGGUGCAAGAAAAGUGGUGUCCAACUCAAGCAGUAGAUCAGUGACUCUUAAAUCCAGGGAAAGCUCUCCUGAUUCCUCCCCUGUUACUGCUCAGAGUACGGAGCAUUCAAAGAACCAAGAUGGAUUCUCAGAACCGACACACAGGAAUGUCACGAGCAACUCUGUCAGGAACUGGGUGACCGCAAAGUCACGAGAAAGCUCCCCAGAGUCUUCAGGCAAUGGGUCUCCCGGAUUGAGGUUUCCAACCAAGAAUUACUCUGCCCCCUCCAAAUCCAGCUCCAACAUCACCGUCCGAUCGCGGAGAAAUGAGACGCCCUCUACGAUUGGCCGAGACGGCAGUGUGUCACAGCACAGCCCUUUCAAGCGACCAAUCACAGACCACAAGAGAAGUGCCGAGCCUAGGAAGGGUCCGGUGAAAGUCCCACCCCCGACUGAAAAGACGGCAGCGAUGCUGGCGACCGUUUCCGCACCGACUCUCAGACAAGUGCUCCAAGUCACAAGACACACUGAGUUGCCUUCGCUAGGACCUUACAAAGCAACAGACAUCUCGAGCGGUUCCCUUGACACUGUGUACAAUGACCUGCCUGCGAGUCUGGGUACCAUACAGGACUUCCCUCUCGACAACCCCCGGGAUUUCCCGCUGGAUAAAGUCGUCCGAUUUGAUGAGCCCCCUAGGGGAACUUUUGCCAAAAAAAGUAAAAUUGAGUUAGAAAAUACCCGAACAAAGCUCAGCGGUGUUUCAGGCUCAAGGAAAUUUAAUGGGGCAUCUACCUUGCCUUCCAUGUCAAACAUUGGUUCUAAGAAAUGGACGCUGAGAUCUACUGAUAAGUUAGAGUAUUUACUACGACAGGAUAGCGGAUUUGAAAGUCCACAAUUUGAAGAACAAAUUGGCAUGUAAAUUAUUAGUAUUUUUUAAAAAUCUGUCUUUGUUGUGUGUAUGAGCAAUUUCCCAAUCUCUACAUUGUACUUUUGAAAAAAAAAUUCUGUUCACAGUGUUUAUCAAUUCCACUAUGUAAAGACAAACCUCACAUUGAGAAAAAUGUACUCAAAAUAGUUGUGCUGCAAGUUUCUGUAUUUAAAAUCGCAACAAAUUUUUUAACAGAUUUUAUGCAUUAAAAACAGCAAAUGACACUAACGUGCAUGAUCAAAUGUUAGGAUAUUGAACAAUAAAGAUUACCAGUUUUUUUUCACAUGGAAUUUUUAGCCUCAGUAAUUACAGAUUUCUAGAUUUAAUAUGGAACUUCAGCAGUUUCUCUACUCAAACAAAAAUACAACUGUUUGUUUCACAAUAACCAGUCAACUUAAAGGUAGAGUUACUAGAGUACACCAUUUGUAAUUUGUGCAUUUUGUUUGUUUGAACCAAACAAGUGCUCAAGAUCUAAAGAUGGGUGCUAAAUAACUAAACCUGAUGAAGUUUUAGCUCUGUGAAUGCUGUAUAUUUAGAGAAAACAGAACAUUUAUUACAUAACAUAAACAUAGUAUUCUGGGUCUCGAUUUCAAUUCCAAAGUUGCCGAGUAUCAUAUUUUGAAUUGUGUCCUCCCAUGACACAAUCCCGAAAUCAAUUCAGGACAUGAUUCUCAUUCACAGAUUCGCACAAUUGACCUAUCGCCGUUUGCGAGUUAGCCACGCCCCUUAGACAACCCUAUGGAGUUUUUGUACAAAAAGCUUUGUUUGUCUCAGAAUUUGCGUGUUCCGCGUCCAUUUGUAUAUUCCUUAAUUGGACAAUAUUUCACAAGCUGCGUUGACGCGAUUCCAACGCAAUUCUACCGCGAUAGGUCAAUUUGCAAACCAACUACACAAAUUAGAACGCAAUGGGGCGGAUUCGCAAAAAAAUUCCAAUAAUGUGUCACUUGACACAUCUUUGGAAAUGACUUUCUUUCAUUGUUUUCUUCAAAAGGACAGCAUGCCAGAAGGAAUAAUUUCACAGGGAGUUUAGUGUCAUUACUAUCUUUAAACCAAGUGAGCUUUUUCAAAAUAAUUUGCUCGGUUACUUUUUGGAUGGCUGUAAACGGUCUACUCUAUCUUUAACAGGAUCAUCAAAAAUGACAAAUAUGUAGAUCACAGAUGUAGCAAACUGUUUAAACAUCAAUUGGUGAACCGCAAUGGUAUAGUUUCUUUUUUAAAGUUUACCUUUUCAAGUAGGUUGCUGGAAUUCUGUUACUAUUUUCAGCUACCACUCUGUUUCCCCAUGGGUCUCUGAUGAUUCAGACCUUCCACUGUAAUGGCCUAUUUUUUUGUCCAGGUCAACAAAAUCCAUGACAGCGGUCAUCAGGGGUACGCCCACAUUUUCUGUGCCACAACUUUCUGCACAUGUAUAGAAAGCGCUGCAAAUGCUUAAUGAUACUGCUUUCUUUGACUGAAAGUAUCCAGUGUCUAACUGUGCCUUACUGUAGAUUAAAAGUGAUGUAUUAUAGUUGUAAAUAAUAGCAUAAAAAGUUUAUUUAUAUAUUUGUAAUUGUAAUUGAUUGUUGAUUUUUGAGUUGAAAUAAAAUAAUUUAAAUUGAAGAUAUUCAUCAA